AGUCAUGCAGGCAAAUUUCAAUAAGUAGAGAAUUUUCUUUAUACCUUUUCCGUUUAUUACGUGGAUGGAAUAUACUGGGAUUAGAUGGAUAGUUACUUACCAUGGGAGCAUCACUUAAGAUAAUCUCUAGUGCCCUAGGCUCGUAUGUUUCCUCCAUUAAAAAACAAUUUCUUCUGAUCUACAAUUUCUGAGUUUUACAUGGAUCUGUAUUUCCUUUGAAUCACUCACCAGAAUACAAGAGCAAUGGGCUCAGUGUGAUAGCUGUUUCAAGUGGAGAAAGUUGCCAGUUGAUGUGCUUCUUCCACCGAAGUGGACAUGCAGAGAAAACGAUUGGGAUCAAAGCAGGUCAGUAAACCACCAUGUCUUCUAUUUACAAUAUCAUUUGCUUGAGAUUUCACCUGCAACCGAAUUUCAUGGCAUUAUUCUGAUAUUGAUGUUUGAUCUUAUCCUCAUCAGGUCUUCGUGUUCUGCUCCAGAUGAAUUAUCCCCAAGGGAAUUAGAAAAUCUACUCACAAAUAAUAAGGGUACAUUAUAUGAUGUCGGCAAAUAUUCCUUUCACCAUUUCCCCUUCCCUUCCCCCACCUGAGCCGUGGGUGGAUUGGGGCAUUCUAUCAUCAGUUUGGUCCCAAUCCAUCGAAUUGCUUGUGCAUAAAUCAUGAAAUGCAUAUUUAUGAGUAUCAAUGAGAUACCGCAUCUGUUGAAGAGUUUGGAUGACUUUCAAAAGAGAAAAAUAGUAGUGCUGUGUCCACCUUUUUGUAUUGGUUGGUUAGCCUUUGUAAUAGUAUAAGCAGUUCUAGCAGGUGAAACUCCGUGCAUAAACGUUUGUGUCUACUGAGGCUGCCUUGUGUUAAACUCGAUUAUGUUGGUUCUUCUGUGAAUAUAUCUGCUUUUAUUUUCUUAAAUAAAAGUCAACGUGCGUUCUGACUUAUGCACCUUAGCGAUACUCUAGUCUGCUAUAGCCUGACAUUGCAUGCCUUACAAUUUCUUAAGCAGAUUUCAAGAAACGGAGACUGUCAAGCAGCCAGGGAGGGGCGCAGGAACCUGAGUCUUCUGGGCUUGACGCUCUGGCCAAUGCUGCAAUCCUGGGAGACAUUGGUGGUGAGCAAGGCACGGCUACAGUUGCAACAACAACCAAGCACCCCCGGCAUCGCCCGGGCUGCUCUUGCAUCGUUUGCAUCCAGCCCCCUAGCGGGAAAGGCAAGCACAAGCCCACUUGCACAUGCAACGUAUGCAUGACAGUCAAACGUCGAUUCAAGACCCUAAUGAUGCGAAAGAAGAAGCGCCAAUCCGAACGCGAAGCAGAGAUGGCUCAGCGAAAUCAGUUGCAGCAGCAGUGGGGUUUGCACAAAGAUGAGGCAGAGGCAGAAAGCAGCUCCAAGGCCGCUUCUACUUCACAGAUGGAUCAUCAACAUUCAGAGAAUGUAGCGGCGAGAAUGGCGAUUGAGUUGACUCAAAACAAGUUGGCUGAGAAACUGCCGGCAGUUGAGAAUGGAAAGGGACAGAUAGACUUGAACUGCCAUCCUGAACGCGAAGAAGAUUCCCAACAACCGACAAUGCUGAACCUCAUUCAAGUAGCGACCCUUCCAUUGGAAUCCUAUCUGAAGCAGAAUGGAUUGGCGAGCUUGGCGACUGAGCAAGAAGGAAGUUCGACGUCUCAUGUGCCGGCUGCUCCAGGUGGCAGCGGCGACAGUGAAGAGCAACAAAUUCCAGAGGAGGAUCGCCAGCUGGAUUCAGCUGCUCAUGAGCAAGAGGCCGAGGGAGAAGUAAACAACCACCAACCUGAUGGCACAGAAGAUAACCAGAAAGAGCCUGCUUGACCAACGGGUCCCCAGUGGCGAGUUUCCUCUCGAUUCACAGAAAUAUUUUUUUGUGCUGCCCUUUUCUUUUGUUGUUGUAUAUUUAAUAAGUAAGAACAGUUUCUGUUCCUACUAUCUAAUACGCGACAGUUCCGCGUCUUGCUAUUUUCUUUCCUGAGAGCUUUUCAGUGUGCAAUGUCUUUAUUCGUUGUAUAAUGUCUAUAAUACAUAUAAUGGGGUUUCUUUAAUUCCGGCUUUUGCUCCCCUCGGUGGGGUGAGGGAUUUCUGAUGUAUACUAUCUGAGGCGUUAAUUCCUCUUCCUUGGCUUGACAGUGUGCCAAACUUAGCAGCUUGUUGUAGAAAUAGAGGAUUUCUGAGAUGCAGUUUUGGUCUUCAGUCUGUCAUGAUAUCACCAUAUACUAUUUACUUCCUCUGCUUGCCCGGAAUAACAACACACAAGUUUU